AUGUUGCGCCAGGCAGCCCAACUCUGUUCGCGCCGCUUGUCGGCUAAGACGAACUCCUGUCGAAAGACAAACUUCUCAUCCUUACACCCAUCUUCCGCCACCUCACUUGGUUCCACACGUCGUCCGCUUGCCUUAAUAUCGCGGAGUCAGAAAAGAAAUUAUGCCGUGGAAAGCGAGGAUACCGAUAAGGGCGUGGACCCCAACGACUCCUUCCUUCAGGGUAAUACCGCGAACUAUGUCGACGAGAUGUACAUGCAAUGGAAGCAGGACCCGUCCAGCGUCCACGUGUCAUGGCAGGUCUACUUCCGGAACAUGGAAGACGGCGACAUGCCCAUGUCUCAAGCUUUUCAGCCACCCCCGACCAUCAUCCCCACCGGUGGUGUCCUAACACCUGGCCUAGGCAUGGCUCCCGGCCAUGGUUCGGACGUGAUGAACCAUUUGAAAGUUCAGCUGCUUGUGAGGGCGUACCAGGCGCGAGGACACCACAAGGCCAAGAUCGAUCCGCUCGGUAUUCGGGGCGAGGCGAAACAGUUUGGAUACACGCGUCCAAGGGAACUGGAGAUGUCACACUACCAGUUUUCCGAGAAGGACCUCGACCAGGAGUUCGAAUUGGGUCCCGGUAUCCUUCCGCGGUUCAAGACGGAGACACGCCAGAAAAUGACCCUCCAGGAGAUCAUCAACGCCUGCGAGCGCAUGUAUUGCGGGAGCUACGGCGUGGAAUACAUCCACAUCCCCGACCGCGAGCAGUGUGACUGGUUGCGGCAACGCAUCGAAGUUCCGACACCGUAUAAAUAUUCCGUAGACGAAAAGCGUCGCAUCCUCGAUCGCUUGAUCUGGGGGACGAGCUUUGAGUCGUUCUUGGCGACCAAAUACCCCAACGACAAGCGCUUUGGAUUGGAAGGUGCCGAGUCCCUGAUCCCAGGGAUGAAGGCACUGAUCGACCGCAGCGUCGACUACGGCGUCAAGGAUAUCGUCAUCGGCAUGCCGCAUCGUGGCCGUCUCAACGUUCUGAGCAAUGUCGUCCGAAAACCGAACGAAUCCAUCUUCAGCGAGUUUGCCGGUACCGCCGAUCCCUCGGACGAGGGUUCGGGAGACGUCAAAUACCAUCUCGGGAUGAACUUCGAACGCCCGACUCCGUCUGGACGACGCGUUCAGCUCUCCCUGGUAGCCAACCCAUCGCAUCUGGAAGCCGAAGACCCCGUCGUCCUCGGAAAGACACGCGCGAUCCUCCACUACAACAAGGAUGAGGAAGAAGCACGCUCGGCAAUGGGUGUGCUGCUCCACGGAGACGCGGCAUUUGCCGGGCAAGGCGUCGUCUACGAAACCAUGGGCUUCCACGCCCUUCCCUCGUACCAUACCGGCGGCACCAUCCACAUCAUCGUCAACAAUCAGAUCGGUUUCACGACCGACCCUCGAUUUGCUCGUUCCACGGCGUACUGCUCUGACCUCGCAAAGGCCAUCGACGCCCCCGUGUUCCACGUGAAUGCGGACGACGUCGAGGCCCUGAACUUCGUGUGCCAACUCGCGGCCGACUGGCGAGCCGAGUUCAAGAAGGACGUCGUCAUCGACAUGGUCUGCUACCGGAAGCAAGGGCACAACGAGACCGACCAGCCCUUCUUCACGCAGCCGCUCAUGUACAAGCGCAUCAGCGAACAAAAGCCGACGUUGGACUUGUACACGGAGAAGCUGAUCGCGGAUCGGACCUUCACUCAAAUUGAUAUCGACGAGCACAAGAAAUGGGUAUGGGGUAUGCUCGAUGAGAGCUUCAAGCGGAGCAAGGACUACCUGCCGUCCGCGAAGGAAUGGUUGACGUCGGCGUGGAAUGGCUUCAAGUCGCCCAAGGAGCUGGCCACCGAAGUCCUACCCCAUCUGCCGACCGCUGUCGACCACGAUACGCUCAACCGCAUUGCGGAGAACAUUGCCGGCGCGCCCACUGAUUUCACCGUCCAUAAGAACCUCAAGCGAAUCCUGAACGGCCGGACCAAAACGGUGGUGGAUGGCCAGAACAUCGACAUGGCCACGGCGGAGGCAUUGGCGUUCGGCACCCUGUGCUUGGAAGGGCAUCACGUUCGUGUGUCGGGCCAGGACGUCGAGCGUGGGACGUUCUCGCAGCGCCACGCUGUCUUGCACGACCAGGAAACCGAAGAUACCUACACCCCAUUGCAGCACCUCGCCAGCAAUCAAGGCACCUUCGUCAUCACCAAUUCAUCGCUCAGCGAGUUCGGCGUGCUCGGAUUCGAGUACGGCUACUCGCUCUCGUCGCCCAACGCCCUCGUCAUGUGGGAGGCGCAGUUUGGCGAUUUCGCCAAUAACGCUCAAUGCAUCAUCGAUCAGUUCAUCGCCUCCGGAGAGGUCAAAUGGCUCCAGAGAACGGGAUUGGUUAUGAGCUUACCCCACGGAUAUGAUGGACAGGGUCCCGAGCACUCCUCUGGGCGCAUGGAGCGAUACCUGCAACUUUGCAACGAGGACCCUCGCAUCUUCCCGGCCCCCGACAAGCUGGACCGUCAACAUCAAGACUGCAACAUGCAGAUCGCCUAUUGCACGAAGCCAUCUAAUCUCUUCCAUCUGUUGCGUAGGCAGAUGAACCGCCAAUUCCGCAAGCCCUUGAUUCUGUUCUUCUCCAAAUCCCUCCUCCGACACCCCCUGGCUCGUUCCUCCAUUGAAGAGUUCACCGGCGACUCCCACUUCCAGUGGGUCAUUCCCGACCCUGCCCACGAAACCGGCGCGAUCGAGUCGCACGAUAAAAUUUCCCGGGUCAUCAUGUGCACGGGCCAGGUGUACGCCGCCCUCACCAAGUAUCGCGACUCCGAAGGCUUGAAGGACGUAGCCAUCACCCGUGUCGAACAGCUUCAUCCGUUCCCCUGGGCACAGUUGCGGGAUAACUUGGAUUCGUACAAGAACGCCCAGACCAUCGUGUGGUGCCAAGAAGAGCCGCUCAACGCGGGCGGCUGGAGCUUUGCCCAGCCCCGACUCGAGACGCUGCUGAACGAGACCCAACACCACAAUCGCCGCCACGCCAUGUACGCCGGACGACACCCCAGCGCCAGCGUGGCCACCGGAUUGAAAUCGGUCCACCAGAAGGAGGAGAGGGAGCUGCUGGAGAUGGCGUUCACCGUCACGCAAGAUAAGCUGAAAGGGGAGUAG